CGGGAAAAUAGCAUCACCUCGACGGCGAGGUCAACUAACUCCAUCAACACCCGAAUGUCGCCAUGGAGACAUGUCCUAGAAUAGAGUGGGCAACUUGACAACCUAAGCUCACCUUGGUGCAACUUUGAUUAUUUGUCAGGGAACUAGUCUUUCCGGCAAACAUAUAAACCGACCUUAUGUCCCUGAUAUCGCAGUCUCCUUUUGUGUUUCUAAAACACAUCCUCAAACCUAGCACAAGAUAUCCAGCCCGCUUUCAACAGCAUCUACCACACUAUAUCACCCCAAGCUAUCAACAACACCACUUCUUUACGUCAACACCAAACCUCAAAAUGUCCGCCAGCGACGCAACGGCCAAGAUCUUCUUCUCCUCCCCCAGGUUCGCCGUAGUCGGCGCCAGCACUAACACGGAGAAGUUCGGUUACAAAGUCUUCAAAUGGUAUGCAGACCGUGACCUCCCCGCCACGCCCAUCAACCCCCAGGGCGCCACCCUCACUGUCAACGGGCAACCCUACCCAGCCAUCAAGUCCCUCUCGGAGCUCGAGAACCCCAAGGAGACGUCGGUUUCUAUCAUUACCGGUCCCGCCAUCACGCUCAAGACGCUCCAGGAGGCCAAGGAGCUCGGCGUGCCUGCUGUCUGGCUCCAGCCGGGAACUUUCAAUGAUGAGGUAUUGGCAUAUGCGAAUGAGAAUUUCCAGGCGGUCGUGGCUGGGAAGGGAGGCUGGGGAGGGGAGGGGUGGUGUGUGUUGGUUGAUGGGGAGAGAAGUUUGGCUGCUGCUAGUAGACUCUAGGUUGAAGCAGGUGUCAGGUCGGGUUGUGAAGAGUUGAUAGGGAGGUUGAAUGGUCUUUAUGAGGAUUUGAUGAUCUCUAACAUUUGUCAGUUUCUGUGUGUCUGGUUAUGAGGUUUGGGCCUGGCUACAUAUAUAUUUAUAUGUACAAUUCAUCACUGGUUUAUUUGCUUGUCGAAACCUACGCUUAACGUUCCUAGGCGUUGCC